UUGGCCACGGCCACGUCAUCAUGUUGUUUCCCAAAAUAGAAAAUUACGCCUCACUACGUUGAUGUGUCUUCCCGUUACUACACUGAGGUGGAAGUGUUGACGUUGGCGAUAUAAAGAAGACUGUGUGUCACAGGGCGGACGACAGUGUGUCUUAUCAACCCAGCUCGUGGGAUACACGUUUGCCAGGGUGAGUUGGAGAUUUUGUGACUGAAGACAUGUCUGUUUUGGCGAUACAAAAUGAACCCGGAAGUUGGAUAUUUGGAGAAACUGUAGCAAGAAGCAGAUGUGUUGGUGGAAAAAUCACAAGACAGAUGACAGAUGUACAGACUCUGCCCACAGUCAGCAUCUCAGAUGAUGUAAAUGUGCUGGAUCUCCUGUUUGACGACAAGGAAGGUGUCCUCAUAGACGACGCUUUUGUGGGAUCCAUGGGAUCAGAUGAUUCCAAUGGACUGUCGCCCAGCUCCAGUGAUUUGGGCAGUGAAAAUGGGACGUUCAUGUUUCCAGAAGACAAUCUGGGCUUCUCUGACCUGAUGGAGGCAAUCAUUGACGGAAACACCAGAAAACCAGAAAACUUCCAGCAGGAUCCUGAAACAAUAUCCACUGUACAGACAUCAGACACUAUGAAUGAGGAUGAUGAGGACAAUGCAGGGGAUUCUGAUGUCUGCAUAGACCUGCCAUGGGGUGUUGCAGAUGACUACUUCAAUCAGGACUCUCCAGAAGUCGACACUGACAGUAUGACACUCCCCAUGUACACCAAGAGUGGAACGAAGUUCCCUGAGCUAAAACUGACAGAUGAAGAGAAGAAACUUCUCAAUGCAGAGGGUGUUACCUUGCCACAGCACCUCCCACUUACUAAGCAAGAAGAGAAGGCACUGAAGAGAGUGCGAAGAAAAAUCAGAAACAAGAUCUCUGCACAGGAGAGCAGGAAGAGAAAGAAGGUGUACAUGGAUGGACUGGAAGACAGGGUUAAAGCCUGCACAGCCCAGAACCUAACUCUAGUGAAGAAAGUACAUCAACUUGAAAAACAAAAUGCCACCCUCAUGGAUCAGCUUAAGAAACUGCAGUCUCUGAUCACAAAUAGCACCAACAAAACCACACAGACCAGAACUAUUGUCAUGGUACUUCUGUUGUCUUUUACACUGCUGAUCUUCCCCAGCCUCAGCCCCUUCAACAAAAGUCCUGAGUCGGACUCUUCAGUUCAGGGCCAUGUGCCCACGGGAGUUGUGUCCAGGAAUCUCCUAAAUGAGCAGUUCACCCGUGUGGGGGAGAUGGUGGACGGACUGGACACCUCCCUGGCUGACCAGUACUCACCGGCAGAGGAAGGCAUACCUGCAGACUCACUCAAGGUAUAUGUGGUACAGAACACCAGUGGCGAGUCUGAGGGCUCAGAGGCUACACAGUGGAAGGACAUGCGUGUAGCAGAACAGCCUGGGGACAAUAAUGCCACACAAAAGCCUGUCAUAAAGCAUUCUGAUGAGAUAUAACCUCAUACACUGUAUGUCUAAUAUAUGUUAAAUGCCUUGACGCAUUACAUGUAUAUGUAACGUUAUGUGUUUGGUCCAACCUCAUCACACUGGUCAAAGCAAAGGUGCAAUUUUGUCCUCUUAAUAUAUGAGAUUACUUAUUAUAAUAAGUACUUCAAUACCACUUGGUAGGAUGUGUUUAGAGGGUGUAUCACCCAGGCUAACACAGUAAACAUGUAAAUGUUGAUGCCCAUUUUGUAAAAAGUACCAACUUGCUUGUUUCAUUGCUUUUGGGAGCUCUCCUACAUGUAAGUGCUCACUUGCACGGACAUACACAUGUAUACAAAGAUGUAUGAAUGAAGAAGGAUGUAAGUUUUGAUAUGUUCUAUGUUGUACAGCCAUGGGUUAGUGAUGUUUGCAUAGUACUAUAGGUAAUGAGUAUGAGCCUCAGAGCUCAUUUUUAUUUCAUCACAUCUCAUUUCAUCACGACUUAAAUAAUCUUAUAACAUAGUGUAAACCACGCAUACAGUGGAAGUGGAAUUAGAAUGCAGUGUUUGUUAUAGCCUGGGUGCCAGUCCUGUUUUGGGGUUGCCAUUACAAAUUGGAUGACACCCACGCUAUGUUUGUUAUAGGAUGAUAAAAGAAUUAUGAAAUAUCUUCAAAUGUUGUACACUGAUGAUGUCAAAGUACACUUAAAGUGUAAAUAUUAAUUAUAGAUCAUUAUAAUAUAAUCAUAUUUCAGUCCAUACUUGGCUGAAAAUUUCUAUAAAGUGAAUCUGCAUUUUUGUGGUUUUACACACAAAAUAACUUACACAAGAAGGAUUCUUAACUGCUGUGUUGUAUAUAUAGAUGGGGAUAUAGAAUUGGCUGAAUAAAAUGUCUGCAUUU